AUGGGGAAGCUAAUUAAGUUAAUCACUGCUCUGACCGUAUUAGUAUCAUUGCUGCAGUAUUGUUGCCAAUCCAAUAGUGGGAACAUAUCAUGCGAGCGCACGCAAACGCUCUGCCAUUACACCAAUCCCAGAAUCUGGAACGCAUAUCUUUCAGGGAAUUCUGAAUUGUACAAAAAUAAGGUCAGUCCCGGAUUCGAUUUGGUGGCGCGUAAAUAUGACACGGCUGUUAGACCUGUCAUCGAUGACGUUGCAAUAAAAGUCAAUAGAGUCGCUAUACAGCCUGCAUUCAAGGUCGUCCAUUCACAAUGUAAGAAAUGGAAUUGCGGAAAGUAUUACCAAUUGGCCCGCUCUCCAGUGCUUAAGGCUAGACGAUUUUUCUUGGUCAAGUACAAUACUUUCGUGAGACCUAGCACAGACAAAUUUUUUAAUUCAGAGUUUCGCUCUCAAUUGAGAGAAAGGGUUUCAAAAUAUAAAAACAUAGCUCACUAUUAUUGUACUACCAUUUCAAGAUGCAUCAAGUCCAAAUACGACUCUAUUGUUGGUAACACGGAGGAAAAACUAAUGGGGAAGUUUAAGAAUAAGGAUACGCAUGGCAUUCAUGGUUCCAUCACACAUGAACCUUCCUCUGAAGACAGGGUUUUAACCGUGGGUACUAUCGGAUCUGAUGAGGAGCUAUUAACUACAACAAGUACUCAAACAGUGGUUGAAACAAUUACUUUGGACGAAGAACAAGCUAGCGCUGUGGCUAGCCAUGCUCACGAUGAUGAGGCUUCCACAGACGUCGAAGACUCUACAGACAUCAAUGUCAAUGAACAGGCUCUGUUGCAAGAGGAUUUCGACAUGUGGAGUGAGACUAUAUUGCAAAAAACACAAGACGUGAUUCGGCUAUUUGAAAAGGAUGUUUCCAAAUAUAUCAAUGGUAAAUUGGGCGAGGAGGCUAGACAUUUCAAGGCCAAGUUUAACUCUUUAGAUGAGGUAUCUAAGAAAUUCUUCUCCAAAAUUUCACUAGCCAUUAAUGAUAUCGAUUGUAUGGAAGGCAUUGAUAGUGAAACUGGCAAGAAAAUUUUCUUUGAUAAAUCUGGCAGUACUGAGAUUUCUCAAUACAUAACUAGAGAGUUGGUCCGUGAGUAUUUCAACGAGACGCGCUCAACGUUAGAUGAAUUGACACAUGCUAUGGAGAAAGAUUUGAGCCAAAUCACCGAAGAAAUCGAAAAGAAAGUCAAUGCAAUUAGAGAGGAAAACGUCGAAGUCUUUGAAGAGUGGGGCGAUAUUAUUGUGAAUGAAUGGUCCAAAAGAAUGGCUUAUGUGGAUGUUAUCAACGCCCACAUGGGUUCAGAUGAUGAUGCUACCCUUGACGAAGAAAGAACAAAGUCUUCUGUUAACUGGAAGAAGUUCUUGAAGGGCAAGAAACAGAUCAUAGAAUCUAGAGACAAGCUGGCUCACCAUCCUGCUGACUUAUCCCAUGUUAACGAGUUCAGACAAAAAGUGCAAAGGAAGAUAUUAUCGUUCACCCAAGAGAGUGGUGAGUUUUUGUAUAUUUUAAGGUCAAAAGCCAAUCUGCAAUUCCAGGAACGUGAAAGAAAGGAACGUGAAAAAGUUGCUGCGGAAGAGUUCCAAAGGCAACAAGAACUAUUACAACAGCAAGAAGAAGGAGAAGAAGACGAAUCCUACACAUCUACUUCAACUAUUACCACAACUACUACCAUGACGUUGUGA